UCCCAAGCUGUUAGGCUUUUUUUCUCUCUUAUUGUUUUGCUUGUUUAAUACGUUAUUCACCCAAUUUUCUAACCUUGAGGAAACUUUGUCCUCACCUAUAUAAACUCUUCUCUCGUUCCCCAUUCAUCUCCACUCAAAACAAACCCCUCGUUUGCUUCAGUCCAAGAUAUUGAAUAAAAUGAUGGGAGACGAGGAGUGUGUUAUAGUGGUAAGGGAGUUUGAUCCUAGCAAGGAUGUAACAGGCGUAGAACAAGUAGAAAAAAGAUGCGAAGUUGGUCCCAGCCGCAAACUCUCCCUCUUUACCGACCUCUUAGGUGACCCUAUAUGCCGGGUCCGCCAUUCCCCUGCUUUUCUCAUGCUGGUGGCUGAAUUAAGCUCCACCAAAGAAAUAGUUGGAAUGAUCCGAGGUUGCAUAAAAACUGUUACUUGUGCGAAGAAACUCUCUCGUAAUACUAAAAGCAAUGAUCCCAUUAAACCCCUCCCUGUUUAUACUAAACUCGCUUACAUUUUGGGCCUCCGAGUUUCUCCUUCUCACAGGAGAAUGGGAAUAGGGUUAAAGCUGGUGCUUAGGAUGGAACAGUGGUUUACCCAAAACGGCGCAGAAUACUCCUACUUAGCUACUGAAAACGAUAACCAGGCAUCCGUUAAUCUCUUCACCGAUAAAUGCGGUUAUUCCAAGUUCCGUACACCGACCAUUUUGGUUAACCCGGUGUUUGCUCAUCGACUAACCGUUUCCAACCGAGUCACCCUGAUCAAGCUCUCCGUUUCGGACGCCGAGUCGCUGUACCGACGGCGUUUCUCCACCGUUGAGUUCUUCCCUCGCGACAUUGAUUCGGUGCUUAAGAAUAGACUUAACCUGGGAACGUUCUUGGCAGUGCCACGUGGAUUUUAUACGCAGGAGUCAUGGCCCGGUUCGGAUAAGUUUUUAUCUGACCCGCCAGAGUCGUGGGCGGUAUUGAGUGUUUGGAAUUGUAAGGACGUGUUCAGGUUGGAAGUUCGUGGCGCGUCGAGGAUAAAGAAAACGUUGGCUAGAACGACAAGGGUUGCGGACAAGCUGCUGCCGUUUUUCAGGGUACCGUCGAUUCCGGAUGUGUUUCGUCCGUUCGGUCUGCACUUUAUGUACGGUUUGGGUGGAGAAGGGCCAAGCGCGGCUAAGUUCGUUAAAGCGUUGUGCGCACACGCUCAUAACUUGGCGAAAGAUGGAGAGUGCAGUGUGGUGGCGAUUGAAGUGGCGAGUUGUGAACCGUUGAAAAAUGGGGUCCCACAUUGGAAAAGAUUAUCGUGUGACGAAGAUUUGUGGUGCAUCAAGCGCCUAGGGGAAGACUAUAGUGACGGCUCUGUCGGUGACUGGACUAAAUCACCCCCUGGACUUUCCAUUUUUGUAGACCCCAGAGAAUUCUAAAGUUUAACAAAUUUAAUACUAGUAUUACUCUUUUUCUUUCCUUGUUUUUUUUC